AAAGCGAUUGCUGGUUCGUCUUGCGGCGGGAUUCGAGCUCCUCCGGGACGAAGCUUUCGUUGAAGGCAUGUUAGCCCGGGUUGCGGCCUCAGGGGUGCUGAACCUGCUUCGCUGCCAAGCAAGAGGCUCCUUGUGUAGCUCCCAGUUAACCUGCUAUGUUCAAGGCCGAGAAAACCACUGGCAGUCUUCACUUAUGGGACUCAGCACAGCUCUACCCAUGAGAGCAGAACCAAGGAAAAAGAAGAAGGUGGAUCCUAGAAGAGAACUAGCCAUAAAGGACCGGAUGAAGAAGAGGUUAAAAAAAUUGGAAAAAGCUCCUCAGGAGCUGAUUCCUAUUGAAGACUUCAUUACACCAUACAAAUACAUGGAUGAAGCAAGGGUUCGAGACACCUCCCCCUUGUCCUUUGAGGAGAGCGAAAGGCGAGCCCUCCUUAUGAAGAAGUGGGCUCUGCACAAGCAGCAGCAGCACAAGGCAGAGAUGAAAACCAUCCGAACCCUGCUGGAAGCCCAGGAAAAGGCAUUAAAAGAGCUGCGGCUUGAAUCGGAGGAACUGUAUCAGGCAGCGAUUCGGCGAGACGACGACUUGUUUCCUUUCGAGAGGCAGGAGCCGGUGUACACACCCCCGCUGCCUACUUUCGAGGCUCCCGAAGGGAAGUGCAAUGAUGUCACUAAAGUGUAUACACACUGAUGGGGAAAGGUUGCCAUGCAACGGCCAUGCUCCAUUCACUAAAUUCAAGCCUUGGUGGAUAAAUUUGGUUAUCGGUUAGUUCUGAAGUUCUAGUAGCAGACGGCUGUUUUGUUAACCUAUUGUGCAAACAAAUCCAGUACAAAACAAGAACAAAUCUCACUUUUUUGGAGUGGGGGGGGGGUGUCACUUUUGAAUAAUUGUGGAUACCCACUUUUUUCUUCUGGAGUUUUCAAUAUGCAUUUGCAUUCAUUUUGUCCCUUCUAAGAAGCUGAGGUCCAUGUGCUGUAUAGAGAUCCUUCCCCCUUGUUUUAUUCUUAUAACAACCAUGUGAAGUAGGUUAGGCUGAGAGAGCGAUGGGCCUGAAGACACUGUAUGUUUCGUGGCUGAGCAAGGGUUUGAACUUGGGCUUGUCCACAGCCAGUACGCUAAUCACUCCAGUACUGCUGGCUCUACUUUCCACAACUCAUUUUGAAAAACAUAAUUAAAAGGCCCUGGCAUUUUUACUGCA